AUGCUUCCCCAAGCAGAUCCCCAAGCACACUUGCUCAGAGUUGAUGCUAUCAUGAAUCAGCAUGUGUACUGGUCGGGUCUGCGUGACGAUGGCGAGCCACCACUAAUAGUUGACUUCGAUACCCUCGUACGUGAUAAGAACACAUCCAACGAAGUAAGCCAGUCCACUCGCGUCGCAACAGAGGUGUUUCUAAAGCCUGAUAACAUCUUACAGCUUCUAGAUCUUGCUUUUCCUCCAGAGUCUCCUUCAGAUUUGACGCCGUUAGCCUUUGACAUCUUUUCAGCUUUUCCAUCCAACCCUGCUAUAAUGGAUGCAUGUUUUAGUAGUGAGGAGAUACUUGUAAGAGUGUUCACUCUGCUUCAUUAUUAUGUGAACUCUCCCGUCGCCUCACCCGCCUUGAACUCCGCUGUCUUUAAGGGCAGGCAGGAGCUUAUCGACGGACUUUCUCUUUUCAUUCUCACAGGUCUUAAGAAGCAAGAGAGACUGUCCUCUGUAAUUGAUCUCUUUACUAAUGAUAAAGCCCUACUCAAUAAGUGGCUUGCCUGUAUAUGCAAUAGUAAGGCCCAGGAUGUCUUUCUGUUCUUCCUGACGAAUUAUCAGACCCGCACUGAUGCGAUGACGAAGAAGAUAGCCGACCUCUGUGCCUCCCAUUGCGUCAUACGAAACUUUGUCCGCGAGGUUGCAGGUAUUACGCUUCCAGACAUGACCGGCACUGUUGUUAGCGCCGGUACGAAGAACAACGAUAUGGAUCGCUCUAAGGCCACUAUGGAGGAUAAGCUGAAGAGCUUUUCUAGGCUUGCCAUCGGCAACAAGAUAUCCAGCUACACCCGGGCAGAAGCAUACUCCACAAUAUUGGCCACUAUUUUACGCUGUAAUGUCCCCUAUCUAUGCGAUCAGAUUUUUGACCACUACCGCCUCAUCCUUGACAAGUAUCUGUUCAUCUCUACUAGCUCUAAAAGUAUGACCGAACUAAGUGACAUGCUAAUGACAUUGAAAAUAUGCGGCCAAGUUAUCAUUCAUAUGUUGAGGUACCUUGUGGUGCGGUCUGUCGCACUUCACUACAAGGAAUUCAGGAAGAUUCAUAGCACACCCCAGCUAUCCGACGAAUUCAUCAAGGAGCGUAACGACUAUUUCAACACUGCUAUUAGUCAUUUAAUUUACUCUAUAGAGGAAGAGGUGAAGUGCACCUCUGUGUCUACUGAGAAUAUAGAUGGAGGCAAAACACUAGUCGCUAAAACGCGCAAAUAUGAACUACAACACUACGAUAAUGAGGCACUUGAUGAAUUUGAGGCAAAAUACACUCACAAGUUUAUUACUAUAGUUACCACACUCGCCGAGGCCUUGUCGUUCAUUGACAGAUGCGCCUCAGAGAACCGAACUACUACGGAUGACCAGGUUAGCAGAGCUCUCCAAGUCGCCUCGUACCUCUAUCUGUUCUAUACUAGUCAUGCGAUCGGUGUAGCGAACUCUUCCAAGGUGGUUAUGCAGUUCUUUGACGAUGCCGGAGACACAGAUGAUGUACAGUCCGACCUUGCUUUACGAAAGAUCGUACUAAUGGAGGAGACGUCAAUAGGAGAGUUUAUGUGGUCCGACAUGUACACCGAUACGGUGUUUUCAGUGGAUGAUGUCAUGAACUAUAACUAUGGGGACUGUCUCAACUGGAAGCAGCUCCCCUUAAUCAUUUCUCCGUUCUUCCUGUACAGUCAUAUUGUGCGCUCAAACAGGCUCUGUACCAUUUUGAACAUCAUGAGAAACUACAAAGAAAGCACGGUAAUUCAAUCUGUAGGCGUGCGGAUCAUCAGCGGAAUUAUUGAACUGGGUGUGAGCCUGAGUCCUAAGAACACAUCGCUAUUAGAACACACCAUUACUCGCUUGUGUUUGUUCUAUUUAAAGGACGUGAAAAAGAACGAAGAUGAGGUGCCUUGUGAGCUCAGUGCGGAUAAGUCUAAGCUCCGGACCGUGUCUUACGUGGUAGCUCUUAGGUCCAUAUUCCGCGAGACUAUGAGGUUCUGUACGAAGGUAAAUAGCAUGAUGCUCAUGGCCAUAAAGUACGACUAUUACGCUGUCGACAUGGACUGCCUAAACGAUUAUAUACCUGAUGCAGAUGCUCCUGUUCUAGUACCCCGAACCUUCGCAGAGUUCCGAGAGUCUAAAGAUAUCAAGUAUCCUAAGGCCCACGCCUUACUGUGCGAACACAGCCUGUUCGCCAAAUGCGUAGAAGCGCUUAUCCACGAAACGGAUCUACACACGCCUUUAUCAGACGAGGCUCCCUACUCACUCAAUGCCAACAUGACAACUGCGUGGCUGUAA